AUGUCAGGUCGUGGAAAGCAGGGUGGCAAGGCUCGCGCUAAGGCCAAGACCAGAUCAUCUCGCGCCGGGCUGCAGUUUCCCGUGGGCCGUGUGCACCGUCUGCUCCGCAAAGGUAACUACUCGGAGCGGGUUGGGGCUGGCGCUCCCGUGUACCUGGCAGCAGUGCUGGAAUACCUGACGGCCGAGAUUCUGGAGCUGGCGGGCAACGCUGCCCGAGACAACAAGAAGACUCGCAUCAUCCCGCGCCACUUACAGCUGGCCAUUCGCAAUGACGAGGAGCUCAACAAACUGCUGGGCCGCGUUACCAUUGCGCAGGGCGGCGUCCUGCCCAACAUCCAGGCUGUGCUACUGCCUAAGAAGACCGAGAGCCACCACAAAGCCAAGGGCAAGUAA